AUGUAAGGAGCUGCUUUACCCAUCAAACUUUCUGAGGUCUUCAAACUCACCAAUGUUGGCCUUAACCCAGACCUCUUCAAGUUCGGAAACCUCACCCUCGAGUCAGAAAAGUACAUCUGUGUCAAGGAUGGAGCUGAUUGUGUCAUUAUUGACUCAAGCAAAGGAUUUGCUGCUGACAGAAAGCCAAUGAAGGCUGAUGCCAUCCUCAUGCAUAGAACUAGAAAUGUGAUUGCUGUCAGAGCUGCUAAUGGAGAGAACACUGUCGUCUAGGUCUUUGAUCUAGACACUAGACAGAAACUCAAGCAAUUUGAAGUCCCAGAAUCAGUCACCUUCUGGAGAUACGUCUCAUUGACCAAGAUUGCCCUUGUUGGUAAAGUUGCUGUCUAUCACGCUGAUAUUACCACUCAAGAUGCUCCAGUUAGAGUAGCUUCACAACUAGCUAACUGCCAAAUCAUGUCCUAUGGUGUCGACUCUUCAGAGAAAUGGUGCUAUCUUGUUGGUCUUUACUCAAAUGAUCAAAGAAGCAUCAAUGCCCAUAUGCAGCUUUUCUUCACUGAGAAGAGACAACAACAACUUAUUGAAGGAUAUGCUGGUUGCUUCACUGAUAUCCCAAUCACUGAGAAUACAUCAUACAAGAACAGUAUUUUCUGUUUCUGUGAAAAGAAGGCUGCAGAGACAUCCUAAAAGAUUCAUUUCAUGGAAAUCGGAAACCCAGCACCAAACUGUCAGAAAUUCAAGAGAAGCGUGGAGAUCCAAAUGCCACCCGAUGUUCAAGGCGAUUUCCCAGUCUUAAUGCAAUCAGUUGAAAAAUAUGGAGUCGUCUUCGUUAUCACCAAGUUCGGAUGGCUCUACAUGUACGAGGUCUCAACCUCAGUCCUCUUAUACAGACAAAGAAUUACUGACUCACUCAUCUUUGUUGCUACCAAGUCACUCAAUGAUGACGGAACAAUCUGUGUUAACAAGGCAGGUUAAAUCCUCCAAAUUCUCAUUGAUGAACAAAACUUCAUUCCAUUCAUCAUUAAUCAUGCUAAGCACAUUCCAGACAAUGUUGGAGUCGCAUUCAACCUUGCUCAAAGAUUCUCUCUUAGAGGAGCAGAUGAGCUAUUCAUCACUUAAUUCAAUAAACUUCUCACUUUAGGAGACUAUGCUGGUGCUGCCAGAGUAGCUAAGGAUGCCCCAGGCACUCUUUUGAGAAAUUAAGACACAAUCAAUAAGCUAAAGUCACUUCCAUCAACUGGCGGUCCACUCCCAAUCAUCAUCUAUUUCUCAACUCUUCUUGAGACAACUAAGCUUAACGAUAUCGAGUCUAUUGAAUUGGCUAGACCAGUUCUUCAGCAACAAAAGUUUCAAGUACUUGAGUAAUGGAUCAAUGCUGACAAAAUAACUUGCACGUCCCAACUAGGAGACUUGAUCAACCAAUUCAACCCACAACUUGCUCUCGCAGUACAUAUGAGAUGCAAUGCUCCAGACUCCCAUGAAAAGAUCCUCCAGAGUCUUAUUGCAACUGGACAAUUUGACAAGAUUAUGCCCUAUUGCCAAAGAACAAAUUGCUCCCCAGACUUCGUUAAGCUCCUCAGAAGUGUUGUGCCCAUGAACCCUGAGGCUGCAGUCGGUCUAGCUAAGAUGAUCACUAACAGAGACAAUGGCAACAUCCCCAAGGCCUCUGUUGAUUCAGUUGUUCAGAUCUUCCUUGAAGCUGGCAGAAUUCAAGAAACUACCGCAUUCCUAUUGGAAGCUUUGAUCCAAAACAGACCAGAUGAAGGUCAUCUUCAAACCAAGCUUUUCGAAAUUAACCUUAUGAGUGCUCCAAACGUUGCUGAGGGAAUCUUCUAAUUGAACAAGUUCACUCACUACGACAGGGAAAGAGUUGCCAGACUUUGCGAGUAAGCUGGUCUCUAUGGCAGAGCUCUCCAAAACUACACAAGUCUCUAGGAUGCAAAGAGAGUUAUGCUUAACACUCAUGCUAUCCCCAAGGACCACCUUAUUGAGUACUUCGGCAGACUUAACGAAGAAGAUAUUCUCCAAUGUCUAUUCGAUUUACUCAAGAGCAACAGACAAAAUGUCGGACUAGUUGCUGAAAUUGCAGUCAAAUACGCCAGCAAGGUCAACACUAAGAAGAUUAUUGAAGUUCUAGAAAGCUUUGGCUCAAAUGAAGGCAUGCUAUUCUAUUUGGCUAACGUACUUCCACACACCGAUGAUCCAGAUAUUUACUUCAAGUACAUUGAAGCUUGUGCCAGACUCGGAAACUACAAGGAAGUUGAAAGAGUCAUCAGAGAGACUAACUUCUACGACCCAAUUAAGGUGAAGGACUUCUUGAAGGACAUGAAGCUUCCAGAUCCAAGACCACUUAUCUAUCUCUGCGACCAGCACAACUUCAUUGAGGAACUCACUAGAUACCUCUACAAGAACAAGCAAAACAAAUUUAUUGAGAUCUAUCUUUUCAAGGUCAACACUGCUGCUACUCCAAAGGUGCUCGGUACUCUACUCGACUUAGACUGUGAGGAGAUCUACAUAAAGCAAAUCCUCAAUUCAAUGAGAGUUUGCCCAAUUCCAGAACUCGUUGACGAAUUCGAAAAGAGAGGCAAGCUCAAGCUUCUUCAAGGCUGGCUUGAGGCUAGAUACGAAGAGAGAAUUCAAGAACCUGCUCUUCACAACGCCCUUGCUAUGAUCUAUAUUGACAUUAACAAGGACCCAUAGACUUUCCUUAUUAACAACCCAUACUAUGACAGCAAGAUCGUUGGUAAGUACUGUGAGGAGAGAAACCCAGAUCUCGCUUUCAUUGCUUACAAAAGAGCAUGGGGUUCAUGCGAUAUGGAGCUUGUAGAAGUUACCAACAGAAAUUACCUCUACAGAAUGCAAGCAAGAUAUCUUGUCGAGAGACAAAGCCCAGAGCUUUGGAGCCAUGUCCUUCAAGAGACCAACCCACACAGAAAGCAAGUCAUUGACCAAGUAGUCUAAACUGCUCUCCCAGAGACCAAGAAUGCUGAUGAGGUCUCAACUACAGUCAAGGCUUUCAUGGAUGCAGAUAUGCCAAAUGAACUCAUUGAAUUACUCGAAAGAAUCGUUCUUCACAACUCAGAUUUUGCAAACAACAAGAACUUGCAAAAUCUCUUGAUUCUUACUGCUAUUAAGGCUGACAAAGCUAGAGUUAUGGAUUACAUUAACAGACUUGACAACUAUGAUGGUCAAGAACUCGCCAAGAUCGCUAAGAAAGAUCAAUAUCAACUCUACGACGAGGCACUCUGCAUCUAUAAGAAAUUUGGUGAACAUGUUGAAGCUGUUAGAGUUCUAAUAGAAAACCUCAAGAACAUCAAAGCUGCAACUGAGUAUGCUGAGAAAGUAAAUAAGCCAGAAGUUUGGACUGAAAUUGGAAAGGCUCAACUUGACUUAUUCCAAAUCAGAGAAGCUAUUGAUGCUUUCAUCAAAGCUAGAGAUCCAUCAAUGUAUGCCCUUGUCAUUGGUACUGCUGAAAACCAAGAUUGCUAUGAGGAAUUAGUUCAAUAUCUCCUAAUGGCCAGAGUCAUGCUUAAGGAGCAAAUGAUUGACUCAGAGUUGGUCUUUGCCUAUGCUAAGUGUGGUCAAAGAUACCUCCCAGAACUCGAGACCUUUAUCACUGAACCAAAUCAAGCUGAUAUCUCAAAAUGUGGAGAUAGAUGCUAUGAUGACAAACUCUUUGAAGCUGCCAAGAUUUUAUACACUCAUCUUGGAAAUAAUCAAAAGCUUGCUCAAGUUUUGGUUAAGCUAAAGCUAUAUCCAGCUGCUUUCGAAGCCGCCAAGAAGGCAGAUAUUCCAAAGGUAUGGAAAGAAGUUUGCUUCGCUUGUGUUAGAGCAAAGGAAUUCAGAACUGCCAACCUUUGCGGUCUAAAGAUUAUCAUUCUUCCAGAUCACUUAGAAGAUCUCAUAAAGCACUACGAGAGAUUCGGCUUCUUCGAGGAACUUGUUUCUCUCCUAGAACAAGGAAUGAGUCUUGAAAGGUCUCAUUAAGGUAUCUACACUGAAUUAGGUAUUUUAUAUGCCAAGUAUUCUCCACAAAGAUUAAUGGAUCAUAUCAGAACUUAUGCUCAAAAGAUUCAAAUCCCAAAACUUGCUAGAGCUUGCGAAUAGUAUUAAAUGUGGCCAGAGGCUGUUUUACUCCAUACCCAAUAUGGAUAAUUCGACCAGGCUGUUAUUACCAUGAUGGAGCACUCACCAACCGCCUGGAAACAUGAUCAAUUCUCUCACAAUAUUGUCAAGGUUUCAAACCACGAUCUCUACUACAGAGCUAUGAUUUUCUAUCUUGAGGAAGAGCCAAUGCUCCUCAAUGAUCUCCUUAGAUUACUCUCAAUGAAGAUUGAUCUCACUAAGUGUGUUUAAGUUAUGAAGAGAACUGGACAUAUUGCCCUCAUUACCUCAUUCUUAAAGAGCGUUCAAGGCCAAAACAUCUCUGCUGUCAAUGAGGCAUUAAAUGAAAUUUAUCUUGAAAAUGAGGAUUAUGAGAGUCUUAGACAAUCUAUUAAGGAAUACGACAGCUUUGAGUCACUCAAGCUUGCAAGCGAUCUUGAAAGACACGAUUUACUAGAAUGCAGAAGAAUUGCUGCCCUUCUCUACAGAAAGAACAAGAGAUUCCAACAAUCUAUCGAUAUCUCAAAGAAGGACGAACUCUACAAGGAUGCUAUGGAGACUGUAGCAGAGAGCAGAGACCCAACUCUUGCAGAAGAUCUUCUAAGACACAUUAUGCAUAUGGAGGACAAGGAACUCUUUGCUGCUAUGCUUUACACUUGCUACGAACUUGUGAAGCCAGAUGUUGCCCUUGAGGUAGCCUGGAGAUGUGGACUUUAUGAAUAUGUUAUGCCAUACUUCAUUCAAUUCGUAAAGGAUCUCUCACUCAGAGUUGAUACUGUACAAAAGAAGACUGAUGAUAUUAAGAAGAAGGAAGAGAAGAGUCAAGCUGAACUUGCUAAUCAGCCAAUCAUCGAUCAUCUCGACAUUGGUGGAUUCUUGUUCCCCAACAUGGUUGGCAAUGGUCUUCAAGCCCUUAUGCCACCUCCAGGCUCAAUGCCAAACAUGAACCCAAUGGGAGGAAUGAACUUCGGAACUGGCUUUGGCACUGGUCAACAAUGGUGA